AUGGAUAACUCAAUCGAUGAGGAAAACAUUUUGCAAAUAUUUGAAAUAAUACAUCCUCAAAUUAAAAAGGACUCACUACUGGAUGUGCUACACAAAUGUUCGCGAGAAACGGAUAAGCAAACUGAUAAUUGUGAGCGCGCUUUCGUGGCAACCAGCUGUAUUCUCCGAGAGUUGCAAGCAGAUGGUAUAACCGAUAUUUAAAACACCACUUGAAGAUGCCUUUUAAAUACGUUUACAAUAUAAUUAUAAAUAUUCAAGAAAUUGUCAAUGGUGUAAAUAAAUCGCAUUUCUUGUAUAUUUCGA